GUCGAACAAUAUAAUCUGACGUCCCAUAUAAUAAUUUGUCAUGAUUUUUCAGAGACUUUCCAUUAACGUACGAGCUUUUUUAAGUUCUGAAAUAAUGAUUAUCUUUUAUUAAGAAAUAUUGAUAUCAAUUAAAUAAGUUAAUAUAAUUAGUUAUAAUUCUUAUCUUAGGAAUUACCCGUGAUUAAAAUCUGCACGUCGUCCUUGGAAAUAUUAAUGGUUGAUUCCUCCUCGUUACCAUCAACUUUUUUCACUUUCAAGCUGACCGCCGAGAAUGGCGAAGAAUCAUCGCAGGAUACAACUUUGAUGGACGAAAGACGAUUCACUGGAAAUAAGUUCCAACUUUAUUUAGAGAAAAAAAAAACAAAAAAAUCUUACCUCUUAAAGACUGAGACGAGAGGGUAGCCAUCAGUUGUGGACAAUAAUCUGUAUGAAUUCUUGCAACAGCUGUACUGUGUUCCCUUGGAAGUCCCAAUUGUUGCAAUUCGCUGCUCAGAUCAGCUGCAGACACGCCGUAACGAGCUGAUGAGGUGAAGAUCAAUUCCAAUGCAGCAAUCAUAGCUUUCGCAUCGCUUAAAUCUGUGUAGAAAACAAACGAAACACUUUAUUGGUUUCUUUCUGCAAUGCUCACUUCUUAUUUCAGAGGUUAACAACAUGCUUAUUUAUUACUCGAUAGUAAAUGAUUGUUCUUAAUUUUUUUUUUUUUAAUAAUUUUCAAUAUUUUAAAUCACAAUAAAAAACAAAACGCAACUUACCAAGUUUUGCAUCCUGUGUGAUCUUUUUUACUUUCUCCUCCUGUAAUCGAAAAGAGAGAAAAGUAAAUGUUUAAUGUUAAAUUAUAAUUUGGUUAAAACAUGUGGUUAAUUAAAAUUAAAUAACAAAAAGUAAUGUUUUUAUUAUAAUAUAUCCUACUUACGUCUAAUUCUCCUUCUGUCAAAGACUUCAUAACGAUUUGCCCCAACGUUUUCAUUUUAAUGGAUGUCUAUAACAAAAUCAAGUAUUAUAUUAUUAAAAAAUAAAAGUUUGUUAAUGUUCUGUUUAAACAAUUCAACGAACCAUUCUCGAGAGCGUAUUAAUUUCAGCUAAUAACCAAUCGGGACAAUCCCCAUCGCCCAAAAAUCGAAAUUUCUGCAAAUCAAUAAUUAUUAGCAACGAAUUAAUUUAUCUAUUUUUGUCGCAUUUAUCGUAAAAGCAUAUUUUAAAAAUCUUACCAUUUUGAUUUAAUUAAUUAGAAUGAUCUCAUUCAACUCGUUUCGAUAACUGAAACAAAAAGAAAAUAAAAAAGAAACAUAACAUUUUUAUUUUUGAAAUUACGUUUUAAAAUUUUUACGCUCGAAAUUAAACAUUAAAGAUAAUAUUUAAUUUCAAAUGAGUUAAAACGUCGAGUUAAAUUAUGUGUGUUCUAGAUUAUUUCGAAUUAUAGGUGAAAAUAAUUCUGUUUUUCAUCAUUCCAGCCAAAUGUUUCGUACGAAGUUAAAUCCAGUUAAUAGCCGUGAACGAAACGGAUCAAGAAUAUUUCUCGAAUAAUCCGAACGAUUCGAAUUAAACGAUCCAUACCAUAUUAGGAUUUUUAAUCACUAAUAUCCUAAGUAUAUUUAUUUAUGUUAAUAUAAAUAAUCUUUGAAAUUUGUUCGGACAUGUUUGUUCACGUUACAUAGAAAAGAAGAACAAAAAAAGAAAAACUGUCAAAGAAUAUAAAAAUUAGAUAGAAAAGGAAAGCAAAAAAAAAAUGAAGAACUGUCGGAGAAUAUAAAAAUGUCAGUGAUAAAACAUUUAGUCGAAAAGAUCGAUAAUAAUUCAGGAAAAAGGUAACGAGUUUACACCGUAGCACUUUGUUGAAUUUUCUCUUUAUAAUCGUAUUACUUACUAAAAACGAAGAAAAUAAUACAAAAAAAAGGAGAGAAAAAUAAGAAGAAGAAAAAGAGAAAAUAAAAAGAAAAAAGAAAGAGAGGAUGAAUGAGAAAGAACAAUAAGCUAAAUACAAAUCAAAGAAAGAUAAAAAAGCUAUUGGCAAUUUAUAUUAAAGAACACUUGUUUUUAUAUCAUCAGCUUCGUCACAAUUUUUUUUUAUUUGUUUUUGUAUUUUUUUGUUGUUUUUAAAUUUUUCCAUUUUUUUUUUGUUUUUAUCAUGACAACAGUGUUUAUUAUAAUUCCGACGAUCGUUUCAUAACUGUGUUAAUGCGUUAAAGAAGUUUUAUUUCAAUAAUCAAAAUUUCUAUACUUUCUGUCAGUAAAGUUACCAAUAAUAUCCCGAGAGUGAGAAAAAUGACAAACGGGUGUACAUAUCACAGAUGUAUAUAGGGUGUUUCAGUAAAACUUUACAAAUUUUUUUUCUUCUCAUUUUCAAUAACUAUUGCAUAUAUUCUUUUUUUUUUUUUAUAUAAAUUAUUUAAGAUAUAUAAGAAUACAUACUUUUAUAUAAUCGUACGAUGCAUAUAGCAGGUAUACAAGAUGAGUCAAACAUUUGCAUCGACAAUAAUAUGACUUUUUAUUUUAGAAAUAUAUCUUUUUUCUUUUCUUUUCUUUUCUACAAAAUCUAGAUAUUUUUUCCGUCUUAACCCUUUAAAUCUUUCAUCGAUGAAAUUUCACUCCAAGAAGGUGAUUAAGACAUGGAAUCAAAUGCGUUGGAUGUGAUCGAUUUAUCGAAAUCAUCAUGAUUUUAUUUGCAAUCAUUGUGAAAUAUAAAUAAAUUUUCAUUCAAUAUUAAAUUAAAACAAAAAUCUUUCAACAGAAUUUCUUUUUCUUAUUAAUUUUUAGAAAUAAAGAACGAUAUACCGCGAUAAAAUUUCAUCAACGAUACCAUUGACGUAAUUUUUUUAUGAUAAAUUUUUUUUAUAUACAGAUUACAAUGAAUCCCCUUUAACUUUAUCGAAGGAAACAAGCAAUAUAAGCAGACAAUAAUAAAAUAAUCAUUGAUUGAAUCACCCUGUAUAGAAACACGUAUUUCCCUUACGACAAAUCUAAACAUAAAGGAGUCGAUCCUUGGCCGUUGGACCGAACAACGCACGACGAAUGUUUGCACUUGCUGACCAGAAGAUUGACGUGGGUUUCGCUGCGAAAUAGAAAAGAAUUCCCAAUGCAAUCCGCCAAAUCUUCGAACCGCGACGUCCGUCAUCGACGAACCAAGGUAAAAAGAAAAAAUGGAGAGAGCAUAAAUACGGUUGAAAUAAUGCCGGUCUUGGCAUUCUCUUCGAGGAAGCCAACGUGUUCUAGUCGUAUCGCGGUAACCAUAUCGGACAAAACAAAAAAAGAAGCAGAAGAAGGAAAAAGAAGAGGAUAGAAAGAAAUCUAGAAAAAAAUUCAGGAGCAACAGGUACGAAAAAAAGAAAGAAUAAGAGUGAGAGAGAUAGUCUCGCUCGAUCGAAGCUUGACUCAUUUCACUUACGUGGCUGAUCGAGCACGAAGUCGUUCCACUUAAACCGAGUCUGACUUAUCGCCAAUAUGUAUCACUUAGUCUACAAGAUUCUCUUUACUUUAUCAACAAGAAUGACUAGUAGUACAUCGAGUAAUAUAUCGCGAGAAACGCCCUGAUGACGUUAUCAGGCUACUUUGAACUUAUUUAGAAAUUACAGGAUAAAUAAAAAACAAGUAUAUAAUACUAUAUUCGAAGUCGUCAUCUUUUUCAGAUUUUAAUGCCGACGCGAAAUCAUCAAGCUUUCGUUAACUAUUCGAAGUUAUGGGGGAGGGGUAGAGAAAAAAACAAAAAAAAAAAAAAAAAAAAAGAAAAUUUGUCUUUUCACUCUAUUAUUGCGUAGAAACCUGAAUGAAAAACACCUGUGCCACUAAACUUGUUUGCGCUUUGUCUCUUAACCGCAAACACGUUGUAGUUCUCACGACGCAUUACCAGCCAAGAACGAUGUGUGCGUAUCUAAAAUUAGAGGAAAAGAGAGAGAGAGAGUGAAAAAUAGUGAGAGAAAAAACGAAGUUCGAUUUUUUAUUGUGCUAUUUGACGAAAUCGCAUUCAAUGGAUUUAAAAAAAAAAAAAAUGAUCGUUUUCAGAUAUGGAAAAAGCUAUGGUCGUUGUGAUAAUAUUGUUACUAUCUACGGUGACAACCAACGGACUAGAGAUCAAAUAUCUCCGUGGAAUAUCUCUCGAUGAUGCGGAAAAACAAUCGGUGGUUGGCAAAGAAAUCGAUCGAGACCUUGGGAACAAUGUUAAUCGAGAUUUGAUUGAAGAUGAGAACAAAGAAGAUCGUAAAAGCUUCGAUUUGGAACAACCUUCAAUAGCCGUAAUUGGGGAAACCGAUUUGAUGAAAAAGUAUCCAAACAUGGCUAAAUCUAUUCUACAAAGAUCAAAGUGUCCGAGUUUGAAGAUAUUAUUGGAUCUUUCGUCAGAAUGCAACAGAUCGGCACGAAAAUGUAACACUCGGAAGUAUCGUAGGCAAAUCGAAAAAUGGUCGAUUCCACAGCCAUUCUACGUUGACGAACCAAGAUGGGUCGAAAUCGAACUCGAUUAUGAAGAGCAUCUACCAUAUUAUUUCAAUAACGAGAAGGACUCUUUUUUCGUGACGCGUGGAAAAAAAAUCUUCAGGCCGAAAAUCGAAGAACAAGAUUUUUCUAAAGCGAAUGAAAAUAAUCGCGAGAAGUUUCUCGAAAAAUCGAACGAAGAGUUCAUUGAGGAUACCAAGAUCAAGAGAAACGAAUCGAAAAGAAAGGAAGAGAGAAGGAAGGCUAUUGAAUUGGGUACUCGUCAAUUGGAAGAGUUGAUACGUAAUUUUGAGAGAACAGAAGAACCAUUUGUUUUAACACGAGGAAAGAAACUUCAUGUGCAGAAUCGCGAAUAUUCAACAUUAGACGAAAAUUUAAAAAAGGAGACAUUAGAAACGAAAUUACUUGAGAAAAUAAAAAAACGUUCAGUAAUCAACGGACCUACGUAUUACAUGACUAUGAUUAAUAAAAAUACAAGUUCUUUUCUAAAUGGGAUGAACAACGUGACCUUGUCCAAAGAACAAUACCGUUUACGAACGAAAAGAAAUUCUUGCGAAAAUUUAGCCUGUCAUAUUGAUGAUUCCAAAAAGAUACGUUUGAUGAAGAAUCUUGAAAGGGCCAUUUCUGAUUCCGAACAAAAGGACAAACGUUCGGACAUUUAUGACAUAUUCGAGGAACCAUUCGUCAUUUCCAAAAACAAAAAGAAAUCAAAGAGUAUAGAUCAACGUAAAUCCAGAAUCGUACCGAUAGAUUAUGAUGAAUCGUUCGAUUCUCUCGAGACUGCUAAACAAAUUAUUCAACGAUUGAUCGAUUCUAGAACAUGCACUAAAGAACAAUGUAAUGAUAUUAUGAAAUUUAUCAUGGAAAAUGAUAUGUUGAUGACUAAUAGAGAUCGUAGAAACAUCCUUGAUGAAUUGCUCAGAAAAUACUAUCAGUUUUACGUCGUUAAGGGUAAGAGAAUUUAUUCGAGUAAUUCUUUAGAAGAAGAUCGACUUAAAUCCAACGUGGAUUAACGCAGUGAACUCUCUUCGAAAGGUCGUUUAUCUUAUAACAUUAAAAACAUUGAGGAUAAAAACAUUAAACAUUAAGAAGAUUCUAUCUUGGACCGCAUCAAUUUUAUCUUUAUCUUUUUUUUUUUUUUGGAAGAUAUUAAAGCAAUGAAAGCAAGAACAUACGAUAAUUUUGAUGACACUUCUGACAAAUGUGUGAACACUAUAGUAGUAAAGUAUACACGGCUGUCACGAAAAGAUUGUAAAAAUAAGAAUAAAUAAGUACUUACUGCUAAGAAAGAAAUUAGAAUUAUCUUUGUCAUGCGUACUUAUAAUAUGUUUCGACUGAUGACGUAAACGAAAAAUAGUUCCCUCCCUUUCUUUCUUUCUCUCUCUCUCUCUUUUCUUUUUUUUCUGCUUUUUUCUUUUUUUUUUUUCAAGUACAUUUAAAUUUACGCACAUAUACGUUUCAUCCGUUAAUACGCAUCGCCAUUGAAUUUUAACAUCUAAAGAGUGUCACGAAGAAGCAUUCGCAUGUACAAAAACAAUUGAGUGGAAUUAAUCUUAUCCUGUCAUCCUUGUCCACCGUACCAUGAUUACUAAUUCUAUUAACGAACGUUUAAAUUCGA